GGGAGCCGCCAUUGUUGCAGAUUGACUUGGCUAACUGCGGGACAAGGCAGUCAGUGGUUCCGGCUCCAGUUUCUGAGGCCUUUCCUCACCGCAGGACCUGGCGAGGAGGACGUCGGGACUCUUUGAAAGCCAGGAAAUGUUAUACUUCUAGAGAUCGCUACAUGAUUCUAAGAACAAAGAAAAUGACUAUGUCUCUAGUGUUGAUGUCAUUUGAAGACCUGGCUGUGCACUUCACCUGGGAGGAGUGGAAAUUCCUCACCAAUGCUCAGAAAACCCUGUACAGGAAUGUGAUGCUGGAAACCUACAGCAAUCUGCUGUUCUUGAGGCACUGUAUUACCAAACCUGACUUGAUCUACAAGUUGGAGCAAGAACCAGAACCAUGGAUGAUAGAAGAAUACCUAAACCAGAGCCUGCCAGUUGUCCCAAAUGAUGACCUGAUUGGGAACAACCAGGAGAGUCAAGAUAUAAGGUUGAAUCAAAAUGUCAUCACCUACAACAGUACAUCAACUCCCAAAAGAAUCAAGUUAAGAAAAAGACUUAAUUUAAGCUCAAGUCAUAUUCCAAAACUGAUUAUCAAAAAGGUGAAUCGUUCAGGAAUGAAACCAGAAGCAUGCAAUAUAUUUCAAAAUGUGCAUCUCAUUAGUGGGCCUGAUGUGUUUCAAGUUGUUGAAGGGAAAUCUGAUGCCCCUAAUGUACCUGAGAACUCUUUCCAGUGCUGUGAUCCUCUUAAUCAGUGUCAUGAGAUGCAGACUGUGCAGCCACCAGUUGAACUCAGUGGAUAUAGGAAAGGCUUUAUAUCUGAGAGGGUUUGCAUGGAAGAGAACUGUAAUAAGUCAAUUGCCAUUGUCAAAAACACAACUCAGAUAGGAAAGAAAGCUUCCCAUAAAAAUUCCUACCUGAGUAAAUAUCAACAAAACCACAUAAGAGAGAAGCCAUAUGAAUCUACUGAGUAUGAGAGAACUCUCAUUUAUAAAUCAGAUCUUUUGGUAAACCAAAGAACAUAUACAGGGAAGAAAGGCUAUGUGUGUAAACCUUUUGGGAAAUCUUGCAACUGUAAAUCCUGCCUCACCAUUCAUCAGAGAACUCAUAUAAGGGGAAAACACUAUGUGUGCAGUGAAUCCGACCUCACUAGUAAUCAUAGAAAUGACAUAAGUGAGAAAUUCUACGAAUGUGUAAAGGCUUUUUGCCAGAAGUCAUAUCUCAUAACACAUCAGAGAAUUCAUGCAAGGGAGAAACCUUAUGAAUGUGAUGAGUGUGGAAAAGGGUUUUGCUGGAAGUCACAUCUCAUUACACAUCAGAGAAUUCACACAGGGGAGAAAAUUUAUGAAUGUAUUGAGUGUCGAAAAGCAUUUUGCUAUAAAUCAGCCCUCAUUAGGCAUCAGAAAAUUCACACAGGGGAGAAACCUUAUAAAUGUGAUGAAUGUGAAAAAGGCUUUUGCAGGAAGUCACAUCUCAUUACACAUCAGAGAAUUCAUACAGGGGAGAAAAUUUAUGAAUGUAUUGAGUGUGGAAAAGCAUUUUGCUAUAAAUCAGUUCUCUUUAGGCAUCAGAGAGUUCACACAGGUGAGAAACCAUAUAAAUGUAAUGAGUGUGGGAAAGCCUUUUGUGAUAAAUCAAUCUUCAAAUCGUGUCAGAGAAUGCAUAAAGGGGAGAAACGUUAUAAAUGUAAUGAGUGUGGGAAAACCUUUUGCCGGAAGUCCGUUCUCAUUACACAUCAGCGAAUUCACACAGGUGAGAAACCCUUUAAAUGUAAUGAGUGUGAGAAAGCCUUUUGUGAUAAAUCAUUCCUCAAAACACAUCUGAGAAUUCACACAGGGGAGAAACCGUAUAAAUGUAAUGAAUGUGGAAAGGCUUUUUGCCAGAAAUCAUAUUUCAGAACACAUCAGAGAAUUCACACAGGUGAGAAACCUUAUAAGUGUAAAGAAUGUGGGAGAGCCUUUGCCCGAAAAUCAUACUUUAUUAUCCAUCAGAGAAUUCACACAGGGGAGAAACCUUAUGAAUGUAAUGAUUGUGGGAGAGCCUUUUGCCAAAGGUCACACCUCAUAAGACAUCAGAGAAUUCACACAAGGAAGAAAUCUUACAAAUAUUAUUAGUGUGGAAAAACCCUUUCUUAACUAUAUCAUGCAAUACUAAAACAUCAGAGAAUUCAUACAGGAGAGGAAAUGAUAUAAUGUAGAAAACUUGCCAGAAGUAAUACCUAAAAAUACAUCAGAAUUUGCACAGAGGAACAACCUUAACAAUUUAACUUGGAAGAGCCUUGUGAUAAAAAAAUCUCACCUCUUCAUAAAUCAAAAGAAAAUUCACAGGGCGAAUGUACAUGGGAAAACCAUUUGGUGGAAUCGUACUUCAGCAUGUAUUAGGAAGUUCAUAGAAUGAAGUAAAUCCUCUGUGCCACAGACUGGCUAUGAGUUAUUAAGAUGUACAAGCUACUUGGUGUAGUUAUUUUAUUAUCUUCCCAUGGUUAAUUCCCCACAUUAUUCUAGUAAACCCACAGCAUGUCACCUAAAAUGCUAUGCAAGAUAGUGACCUGUAUCUUCAUGAGAAUCAGAAUUGCCUCUGUGUAGGUCUUGAUUUGUCCACAUUCUCAGAAAUCUCUUUAGUGAGUGAAUAUGGAAUGUGAGCUGAGUUUUCUGUUGGCAUAAAGUCCAUGCUGUUUUCCUGAGAUUGAUUCUGUGCCAAUAUUUAUUUUCUUUCUUGGACUGUUUUUUUCUGUAUAGUGAGUUACCCCUGUUUGUUAUUAAAUCCUGGGUUGAUUGCA